GUAGCCGUAGUUAGUAGUGCACGGAUUGCUCCAGAAUAAUUAAUAAUGAGUGUCAAUCCGGAAUUGUCGAACCUUGAGAAACUUAGAGAGGUGAUGCUUGCCUGUGUGAAGGAGAAUGGCUAUGUAAUGGAACCUUUAUGGAAAAAAGAGGGUGAACUCUAUCGAAAUUUCCAAGCAAAACCGGACGAUGUUUGGAUAAUGACGUUACCUAGAUCAGGAACCACAGUUACUCAGGAGAUUGUCUAUCUGCUAAUGAAUAAUUUCAAUUUUGAAACUGCGCGAAAAUUUCCUUUCUUCGUAAAAGUUGUAUCCAUAAAUACGAGCCUCUGUCCUCAUCUCUGGACGAAUUCUUACGUACUCUUGCCAGGGAAAGAUAAUCCAGGGGAAUGUGAGGUGAGAAAAGUUGAUGCCUCAAAAUCUUCCGCAGAGGUUUACGCAGAUUUACCAUCACCUAGAUUAUUCAAGUCUCACUUGACAUUUAGUGUGAUCAACAGCAUUCUUGAAUCUGGAGCAAAGACGAUAUACGUCGCCCGAAAUCCCAAAGACAGACUCGUGUCUUGGUGGAAAUUACUCCCCUCUAUGGCACGUAUACCAUGCGAUGUAGAUUUUGCAACAUUUUGGCGUUGCGUGCGCAAUGAACAAAUUUUGUACGAACCAACGUGGAAGCAUAUUAAAGAAGGUUGGGCACAACGACACAAUCCGAAUGUGUUAUUCUUAUUCUACGAAGAUAUUCGACAGGACUUACCAGGCGCGAUUAGGAAGAUAGCUAACUUUCUGGGAAAACCAUGCUCAGAACAACAAAUUGAAGAUACUGUUCGUUAUUUGGACAUCGAUUCCUUCCGUCAACAUGUCUUUGGUGAGGACACCAGACCUGAUGCAGAACAACUAAGGAACAUGUUCGUAGGAAAAGGUCAAAUUGGUGGUUACAAAGAUGUUAUAUCACCAAAAAUCGAAAAGGAAAUGGAUGACUGGAUAGAGGAAAAUCUUCGUGGUACGGAUAUAGCCUUUCCAGGAUUAAAUUGUUAAUCUCUCCAUCCAUACAUUUUAUUUUGAUCAUUGCAAUGUUGUGAAGUUUUUAGUGUUUCUUGUGUCUUUGAGGGCAGAGUUAGAUUUUUAGUUAUCGUGGCUACAACUGAUUGAUUGAGUCAGAAAAUUAAUCUGACACUUCUACUGUUGGUUUUUCAUUACUUUCCAUUUUAGUUGUGGUCAUAUGAUUGUUCAAUGAAUCAAUCACUAUCUAGUUCUUUGAUUUUAUUAAGAUUGAUUUGUGUAAGUAUGGAAUUUGAACCAUUUCAUCAUAAAACAUAAUCAAUACAAUGGAUCAGCUCAAACCGAACAGUUUAAGUCAGACAUUUAUUCGCACUUCGCAAAGGACCUGAAUUCAAAAGUUGUCUUAUAAUUAACAAUUACUUAAUCGAUAUGAUUUUGGUACUUAUAAGUUUGAUGAUUUGCUUUAGCAUGGGUAAUUUCUCAUGUAUUUGUGUACUACGUAAAUGAUUUUCAAUUGAAAUAUAACGAAUGUACUGGUCAAAUUACGUUCCGAGAAUUACUGAGGGAAAUAAAGGAAUAUAAACAAAA